GGCAAUUCCAGAGUGACAUCACAUGACGUAAUGACAUGUGAUUUGAAUGUUUUGAAGUGUUAAUAGAUAUGAAUGGCUGGUAAUGAUGGCAAACAUAGACAUGAAUUGUCUCACUCACAUCGGGUCAUCUCAUCCCUGAUAGCGGGGGCGACGGCCGGAGCACUGGCCAAGACUGUGAUCGCACCACUCGAUCGGACAAAAAUCAAUUUCCAGACCCGAAACAUGUCAUUCAAUUUUCGUGAAGCCGUUUUCUUUCUGGUCAACUCAUAUCAUAAAUCGGGUUUAAUGAGUCUCUGGAGGGGCAACUCGGCCACAAUGGUUCGGGUGAUGCCAUACGCAGCCAUACAGUACUCAUCACAUGAACAGCUCAAACAUUUACUCAAAGUCGAGACAAACGCACAGAAACGCCAAAACCCGGGCCGCAGUUUUUUGGCCGGUUCUCUGGCCGGUGUUGUGUCGACUACAGCCACUUAUCCGUUAGACUUAGCGCGGGCUCGGAUGGCAGUCACACACAAAAAGCAAUACAAAGAUCUGUCAUCUGUUUUCAGGAAUGAAAGGUUUGUGAACCUCUACCGCGGAUUUGUUCCAACACUUCUCGGUGUUAUUCCUUACUCUGGAUUUGGUUUCUUUACUUAUGAAACACUAAAGAGAUUUCAUUCAGAGUACACACUUCGUGAACCAAAUCCUUUUGAAAGGUUAGCAUUUGGUGCCUGUGCUGGACUUAUUGGACAAUCGUCUUCAUAUCCAUUAGAUAUAGUUAGGAGACGAAUGCAAACGAAUAAUGAAUAUAAGACUAUUAUGGGAACCAUUAGAAAAGUGGUGACAGAGGAAGGUUUGAUUAGUGGAUUAUACAAAGGUCUGAGCCUUAAUUGGGUUAAGGGUCCCAUUGCUGUCGGCAUUAGUUUCACUACUUUUGAUACAAUUAACAAAUUUCUAAAAAACAUAACCGUUUUCAUCAAUAGAUGA